AUGCUCCGUGAUAAUUCCAUCUUUUCGUCAACAGCAUGUCCACAGAUCAGGUUACCAAACUUUGUCAGCCCUCUGGUUGCAGACUUGAGCCCCGAAACUACUGCUUAUUUGCAGCACAGGGGAGUCUUCGACAUACCGAAUGCCAACUGCCGGAACGAACUGUUGCGCAGCUACUUUCUGUUCAGCUAUCCUUUGUUGCCUCUGCUGGAUAUUGGAGACUUCUUGCGUCCGAUGAUCGAAGACGCUACAGGGGACAAGGUCAGCUUACUGCUCUUCUAUGCUGUCAUGUGUUCUGGGGCUGCACAUGUCGACAUGCAAGUCUUGAGAGAGUUGGGCUUCACGUCGAGAAAGCUCGCCAGAAGCGCAUUCUUCGAAAGAGCACGCUUGCUAUACGACCUCGACUGCGAAAGGGAUCGAGUCGUGCUGGUACAAGCCUUCCUGUUGAUGACAUACUGGUAUGAUCCCCGAGAAACGCAUAAAGAUCGAAAGUUUUGGAUCCGCUCCGCCGUGACCCUUGCCCAGGAUCUAGGCCUGGACCUGCAUCUCGAAUCUUGUGACACAAAGCGACAUCGAAUGCUCAAGAGGUUGUGGUGGUGUUGUUUCAUGCGCGAUCAAUUCGUCGCGCUCAUGACUUGGACUCCGCCACAACUGGGGGCGUGGCAUCGCCAUCUAACCAUGCUGGCAGCGGACGAUUUCGAGAUGCCGGAUUUCUCUCCGGCGGUGUCCCGUAUCCUCAGAACGUGGGCUUUCGUCGAUGACCAGAGGAGCCGGAUUGAUCUCGCAACGCUCUGCAUCGAAAAGGCAAAACUCUGCGUGUGCAUAAAUGAGAUCCUGCAAGCACGGUAUUCGAGUCGCCGGUACGAAUCAGAAAGCAAGAUGAUGACGAUUCUUGUCCCGCGUCAUUCCAGUGCCCAUUCGUUUGAGAUCUUGGAGCUCGACCGGCAACUGCAAGAAUGGUAUCGUGGUCUGUCCGGCGCCGGAAGAUUCGACCUGCGCGACCCCGCGGAUUCUGCAUUCAUCAAGACCUCGAAUGUCAUCGCCAUGCAUCGAGCACACCUGAAACUACUCUUCCUCUCGGCGAUGAUUGCGCUUCACAGACCCCAGAUUUCAGAAGCGACCAACACCCUACCGCCCACGUACCGACAGCUGUCGCAGACGAAACUACGUGACGCAGCAGAAGAGGUGGCCCACGUCGCCAUAUCGAUCAAGAACCUCGAGAUGGGAACGCAUAUGACUCCCCGAGGAGUGACCCUGCUGCUCCCAAUCAUGCUGGUCCAUCUCCAAGACGUCAUGCCAGAAACACAAAACCCGCAGAGAAGCAGGUUGGAAAAGUAUUACGACUGUAUGCACAUUCUGGACUCGAUCGGAGCCGACGGAGCCUCUGAGGAUUUGCUGCCCUCGAGACUCGAGGCUGCGUUUCUGAAGUUCAAUAUCUUGCCCUCGGCCGAGCACUCGAUUCCCCCUUCUCUCAGUGUCAGGCCGAAUGUUGACGAUUUGCCGUUGUCACGCACAAGCCUGUUUUCAUGCUUGUCACAACUCGGCGUUAUGACUUCGUCCGAGGUCGACCUUCUGUCUGAUAUGAGCCUCGCUCGCGCGACGGACAGUAACCCGCCAGCCGAAAAUGGAGCUACACUUGCCCUCGACCUCAUCUUGCAGAGCACCGCGAAUCUGUGCAGGCCGACGCAACCAAUUGGACAACCCGGCCUUCUCUCCCAUCCCGGAGAGGAAGACACCAUAAUAGAAUGCUUCUUCACUUGGAAGAUCGAGAGGACAAAGAUUCCUGUACAGAGACAGCUCGUUGAAAGAGCGUACGAAGUCGUCUUGACCCAGAUGUGGACUUUGGAUGAUUUGAGGGCCAUGGAAAAUCUCAACUCUGACCUCUACAGACUGGCGAUGCGACAUGGCAUACCAGAUGGUCUAGCAAGGGCUUUUCGCAGGGACUUUGACGUGUUUAUGUCUCAGUGGUAA